GGUCUCAACUCUGAAUGAGCCAUUUCCAAUCCUUCAUUUUGCUGCCCGCGUGAUGAAGAUGAAGCUUCAGCCGUCGAUCGUCCUGCUCCUCCUCCUCGUCGCCGUGCGGCUGCCGAGCGCGUCGUCCGACGACCAGCUCGUCCUCGGCAAGCCACUGUCGCCCAGCACCACCAUCAUCUCCGACGGCGGCGCCUUCGCCCUCGGCUUCUUCUCCCCCUCUAACUCCACCACUUCUGCUUCUUCUCGGGACAGUCUGUACCUCGGCAUAUGGUACAGCGGCAUCACCGAGCUCACCGUCGUGUGGGUCGCCAACCGUGAGUCCCCCAUCGUCACCAUCCCCCGGCGACCGCCUUCUGCUUCCACCCCCUCCGGCCCGACGCUCGCGCUGACAAACGAUUCCAACCUCGUCCUGACCGACGCCGACGGCCGCGUCGUUUGGGCAACUGACGUCGUCGUUGCGGCCGCUCACACGCCCGGGGUCGCCGUGCUCACCAACGCCGGCAACCUCGUCCUCCGGUCGCCCAACGGCACCACGCUGUGGCAGAGCUUCGACCACCCCACCGACACGUUCCUCCCCGGCAUGAAGAUCCGGAUCGCGCGCCCCGGCCCGUUCCUCGUGUCGUGGAAGGGCCCCGGCGACCCAGCGCCGGGGCGGUUCGCCUACGGCAUAGACCCUUCCACCUCGCUCCAGCUCUUCACCUGGAACGGGUCGCGCCCUAUGUGGCGCAGCGGCGCGUGGACGGGGUACAGCGUCGCCAGCGAGUACGUCGCCAGCGCCAGCGCCGUCGUCUCGCUCGCCGUCGUGGACACCGACGAGGACUCCUACGUGGCUUUCGCCCUCUCCGACGCCGCCCCGCGCACGCGCUACGUCAUCACGCACUCCGGCAGCCUCGAGCUCCAGAGCUGGAAGAGCGGAGGUGCCGGGUGGCACACGCUGGGCCGCUGGCCGCCGCACGACUGCAGCCGGUACGACUACUGCGGCCCGUUCGGCUACUGCGACAACACGGACGCGCCGCCGGCUUGCAAGUGCCUCCCCGGCUUCGAGCCCGCCAGCCCCGACGAGUGGAGGAGCGGCAGGUUCUUGCUGGGGUGCCGGCGCAAGGAGGAGCUACGGUGCGGCGUCAGCAAUGGCGACGGCGAGGGCUUCUUGGCGGUGCCGGACAUGAAGGUACCCGACAGGUUCGUGGUGAUCGCGAACACGGGAGCGACCGGAUGUGCGGCGGAGUGCGCUCGCAACUGCUCCUGCGUGGCCUACGCGCAUGCCAACCUGAGCAGCAGCUCCAGGGGGGACGCCACCAGGUGCCUGGUCUGGCUGGGGGACCUCAUCGACGCCAAGAAGUUGGGAGGCAGCGCUGCCGCCAGCGACACGCUGCACCUCCGCGUUCCCGGCGUGUCUACCGCAGGCAGAAAGAAGGAGAGAAACAAGAUGAAAAUUGUGUUGCCAGUUAUAGCAGGUGUUGUGCUGGUGCUGGCAUGCUUAUCAAUUGUGAUAUGGGCUUGCAAGUCUAAAGGCAGUAAGCAGAAACACAACAAUUUCAAUAGGUUAAUAGGGCUAGGAGAUUUGAGCACCUGUGAAGGUUUUGGAACAGGAAGCCCUAAUGAAGGUUUUGAGUUUUCACUGCUGAGCUUCAGAGACAUUGCAGCUCUGACAAACAACUUCCACACAUCACAUAUGAUCGGUCAAGGAGGUUUCGGCAAAGUGUACAAGGCGGUGUUAGAUGGCCGUGAAGUUGCUAUCAAAAGGCUCAGCAGGAACUCUGACCAAGGAAUGACAGAGUUCAGAAACGAGGUUGUUCUGAUUGCCAAGCUACAGCAUAGGAAUUUGGUUAGCCUUGUUGGUUGCUGCUCCGAGGGAGAUGAAAAGUUGUUGAUUUAUGAGUACAUGCCUAACAAAAGCUUAGAUGCUCUCCUUUUCAACAAUUCAGGAGAAACAAUGCUAGAUUGGCCAACCCGGUUCAGGAUAAUCAAAGGGGUGGCCAAAGGGCUCCUAUAUCUUCAUCAAGAUUCCAGGUUGAAGAUAAUUCACCGGGACCUCAAAGCAAGCAACGUUUUGCUGGACGAAGAGAUGAGACCCAAGAUUGCAGAUUUUGGCAUGGCAAGGAUGUUUGGUGAAAACCAACAGAAGGCGGACACGAAGCGAGUAGUGGGAACAUACGGCUACAUGGCUCCUGAAUAUGCAAUGAGAGGCAUAUUCUCUACCAAAUCGGAUGUUUACAGCUUCGGUGUGUUGACAUUGGAGGUUGUAAGUGGUGUGAAGAUAAGCUCUACUGAUCGCACAAUGGAGUUUGAAAAUCUAAUAGCAUAUGCAUGGAACCUAUGGAAGGACCGGAAGACGAAUGAUUUAGUGGAUUCUAACAUUGUGGGGACUUGUGUACAUGAUGAAGCUUUGCUCUGCGUCCAGAUGGGGCUCUUGUGCGUACAGGACAACCCCAAUGAUCGGCCAACCAUGUCAUAUGUCAUGUUCAUCUUGGAGAACAUAAGCGCCACACUUCCCAUCCCCAACCAACCUGUAUUUUUUGCACAUACGAAUAACCAAGUAGAAAAUGUAACAGGCGAUACCCAAAACUCGAAGAACAACUUGACUCUUACAAUCCUAGAGGGAAGGUAAGCCGCCGAUCAUUCGAUUUUCAAGAUACUAGCACCAUUCUCUUAAGGAGGACUUGGCUACGAAGGUGCAUUAUAUCUCUAGUUCCAAGUUUCGUGUCCCUAACUUUCUACUUUCAG